AUAUGAAAAAUCGAUUCCUACAACUUAAAUAAAAACUAAAUAAUUGGAAGUGGAUUGAAUGCUAAGUAACUCUACAUUCUCAAACUAAUCAACAAUAAUCCUAUCGCCUUCUUGAAACUAACUAUAAAAUCAUGUAAGAUUGUACUGUUGUUGAAGAAUAAUUACAAUUCAAUAUACAAAUGUAGAAAUCUUUCAAUUUUUCUAAACGAAUCGGAUGGAAUUGGCAUAAAAGUUGGAAACUACCAGAAAUCAUUGUUAAACCUAUUCUAAACUGUUAUAAAUUAUAUACUAAAGGUCUUCGAUGUAGAUUAAUUUGCGGCUAUGUUGAGGAUGUAUCCACAAUUCGAUAAGUUGAGCUUGAAGGAAGCAUAGAAAAACUUUAUAAUGAUGAAAUCCAAGGAUUUUAAUUUGAAAACAUAAAGUUCAGUUCAACUUCUUAUAAGCUGGAGGUUUUUACUUAACCUUAUUUUUAGGGUGUCCAUUUUCAUGUUAUUAUUGAAAUAUAUAGAAGGGAUGAUAUCUUUUAAACAGAACUAACUAUUAAAUCAGUUAUCUCUCCUCCAAUUUUUGUUGAUUCAAGAAAAGCUGCCAGAAAUACUAAGAGAUUUGAUUACCAAAAAAUUAUGUCCCUUAUUCAACCAUUUCAUCCAUUCUCUCUAAAAAAAUAACUUAUUGUUAGAUCUGAUAAGUCCAAAAUUCUAAAAAUUGAAGAUACUCUUGAAGGACUUAAUAAUUAUUUGAUGGCCUAAAAUAUUAGAAAUAAAUGCAGACAUCCAUACUUUCUAGCAUUAAAAUUUAGAUCUGUCUUUGAUCUAUUCUAUAAUUCUAGUUUAUAUUCUACUCACUUAACUUUAGAAUAAUUACUUAUUAAAAUCUAAUAAUACUUAGUUGAUAGUUUAAAUUCAUAAUAAAAUCAAUCAGUCUUAUUAUUAAGCAUGAAAUAUACAAAUUAUAGUGAACUUGAUAUUGGAUUCUUUAGCAAUAAUCUAAGUUAAUUAUAAAACAAUGUUAUUCAAGUUGUUGCAGGCUCAUAAAUUGAUAAAAAUUGGAUUAAAAUUAAUAUAAAUGAUCUAAACAAUAUCUACUCAGAAAAAUACUCAACAUUUCCUCGAGUUUCAACUACUGAUUAAAUUUAAAUGAAAUAAUAUUUUGAUAUUUCCUCUGAUGAAAGCGACUCUGAUGUUUGUUGUUAAAAUGAUGUAAUACUAACCAUUAUUAUAAUAGGAAUAAAUUGAAUUUUGUAAAUAAUAAAACCUACAAGAAUAUUAUGAAACCAAAAUUGAAAUUUAAAACAAGAAAGUCUGUAUUUGAAUCAAG